AUGAGCUCGUUACAAGACGUUAGCUCUGGUGAUGACCUGAGUAACUUAAACGGAAAGGUUAAACCUGAAAGAAACCAAGUGCCAGCUUUAAAACCAAAGAAGGAAACAAGACCAGAAUCUGGUUCAAAGAAAGAGUCUCGCGCGGCUCCAAAAACUAAAAAAGAGGGCAGUCCAGCUCCUAAAACUAAGAAAGGUCCCAAGUUAAAUGCCAAUGAAAAGAAAGCGAUACCUUUUAAUUCUGAGUCUGGAAAAGAGACAGCCCAGAAUAUCAAAUCUAAAUCUAAACUGGAACAAACCCAAAAGCCUGAUACAAAGAAAGAACCAAAAUCAAAAUUCAAUACCAAAACAGACAAAAAACAAGAUGAUAAACAUUUGAUACCAUCCACGAAGAAUGGAAUUCCAACAUUUGAUCUAACUCCAAAGGAAGUAGUCGAGCCUGCCGAGGUUUCUUCUAAUCCUUAUCAAAUACAGGGCAGAGAAGACUAUGGUACUAAAGGUACAAAGGUUGACGUCUUGACAAACCAAAUGUUACUAUCUUUAGGUAACGAUACAGUUGUUGAUGCUAAAACUGAAAAAUUAAAGACUCCUAUUGAUGUUUGGUGGAAGCAAGCUUUUAUCUACACAUAUCAUAUCGAUUUUAUUCAAAAGCCUGCUGAACCAAAAUUUGAUAAGUUUAAUAAAGGUGGCAGAAAUCUAAAGAAGUCUAGCCCUCCUAAUAUUCCUGUUCUAGUACCUUUAUCAAAGCCUAAGAAAUAUGACUUAAUUGAAUCGUUAUUCGAUGAAGAUGAAACUUUAUUAAAAUAUAAAAAAAAUAUAAGUUUCAAUGGUGAAGAUACUAUAUAUUCAUUGACUCCUUUAGAAGAAUUCACUUUAUUUGAUGGUUGUUGGGAUGUUAGCGCAAAGCAAAAGAAAAAGGCUGAUGAUAAACAAGACAAAGUUAUUCCUGAAAAGAAACUUGUUUCUCGUCCAUCUGAUGCCGAGCCUCUUGAUCUUGCUUCUCAAAUUAUUUUGAAAUUUACAUCAAAAAUCAGUUUAAAGGGUAUUUAUUCAUCUACUGUUGAACAAGACCCUAGUUUUCAAGAAGAAAAGUUUUCUAACGUUGAUAAAGCCAGUUUAUUACACUUGCUUGGCGUAAAAUUGCGAAGUAGUGAUGAAACAAUUUUCCAAGUUAACGGUAACAAAUUUUUUGUAUUUAAUGAAGCUGCUAAACCAAUGCCAUUCUUAGCCGGUGGUUACUUGAUGCACGGUUUCACAAUAUCACUACGUUAUAUUUAUUCCGCUGUUGCUUUGAAUGUUAUAAAUACCAUCGGUGCUUUUGUUAAACAUACGAAAUAUUUACCUGGCGACAAAAGAUUUAAUCAAAAAGAGAAUAAUCAAUUCUCAUUAUUAGAUUUUAUAAUUGAAUGUUACCAAUACGAAAACUCAAAAUAUAAAAAAUUUACUACUUCACAAAAAUCUAAUGUGUUACCUUCAGCAAGAGAUUUAAAUAACUUCAUUAAAAUGAACAAAACAUUGAAUGCACAAUUAAAAGGUAUGAAGGUUCACAGACCAUAUAUCAAUUAUAGUGUUAAUCCUGAUGGAACACCAAAACCUCCCUGUAAAAUUAAAUCAAAGGAGGUUAUUGGAUUCACUCGUGAAACUGCAACUUCAAUGAAAAUAAAAUCUAAAGAUAGGUCAUUUCCUGAUAACAUCAGUACUACAACUUACUUCAAGGAAAAAUACAACAUUAAUUUGAAAUAUCCAGAUCUUCAACUGGUCAAUUUAGGUAAUUCGAUAACAGUUCCAGCUGAAUGUUGUAUGAUUAUGCCUGGUCAAAAAGUAAAGGGUUUAAUUAAGGACAACAAAGAAUAUAUGGAAUAUGGUGCAGUGAGACCAAAUGAAAAAUUCAAUAUAAUAUCUAAUUUGGCUUUACCAAGAAUUGCAAAUGGUUUGUAUCCAGACUCUAAACCAUCAAAUAACUCAUCAUUUUUUUUCUUAAAAGUUCCUUCGAGGAUUAUUGACGCUCCUGUCGUUCAAUAUAAAAACUCGAUUGUAGCUUACAAAGAUCGACCAUAUUCAGAAACUGCAAAGGUACAGAAAGGUAUGUGGAAUCUAAGUACACAUGGAUUAUCUGUUACAGAAGAUAGACCAUUUAACAUGAAAAUCAUUCUUGUGAGUAAUACAUCAUCUGUCCCUCCCGUUAGUUUGAAAGAUGAUAUUAAGAGCUCGUUAGAAGCAUUCAUAAAACAUACUACAGAUCUUGGAAUGAAUUUUAAAAUGGAUGGUGAACCAAGACUGGUUAAUAACUUCACUGCUCCUAAAAAACCUUUUGCUCCUCGUGGUUCUAAAAAUGGCCGAGCAACUCCUGGUGGCUUGCAAAUAUCAUCUGGUGAAAAAAAUUUGGUUGAGAUGCUAAAAAGUUAUCCUCCUGAUACUUAUAUCCUGUACCUUUUAAAUAAUAACGAUGAUGCUAUUCUUUACAAUAGGUUGAAGUAUCUAUCAGAUCUAAAAUUUGGUGUUCUCAAUUCAUGCUGUCAAUUGAGAAAUUUUUUGAAGAAAUCCCCUCAAUUGAAUGCUAAUUUAGCAUUGAAGAUGAACUUAAAAUUAUUAGGUUCAAAUCAACUUUUAUCAGAGAAGUGUAACGAGAAAUUAACUGAUACUGCUACUAAUUUGCCUGUCCUAAUUUUAGGUGCUGAUGUCACCCAUUAUCCAGAAAAAGAUCAAAAUUCAAUCGCUGCAAUGGUUGGUUCAAUCGAUGAUAAAUUUUCCCAGUUCCCUGGUGAUUAUAUGUUACAAGAUGAACCUGGUGAGGAAAUCAUUAAGAAUAUAGAUGAAAUGUUCUUGAACAGACUAAUUGCUUAUCAAGAACACAAUAAAGGUAAGUUGCCAACUAAAAUAUUAUACUUCAGAGAUGGUGUUUCUGAAGGUCAAUUAAACCAAGUGGUUAACAUUGAAAUUAGAAAGUUGAAGGAGAGUGCUCGUAGAUUCGGUAAAAGUUUAAUUGGUAUCAACUCGUAUAAUCCUUCAAUUACAUGUGUCGUUACAGUGAAGAGAAACCAGAUUAGAUUCAUGCCAUUAGAAGAGAAUGCGAAGAAUGAAAAGGGAGAUCUUGUUGCAGUUCAAAGUAUGGGUAACGUCAUGCCAGGGACAGUUGUUGAUCGUGGUAUUACAUCUGUGGCGCACUUCGACUACUUCUUACAAUCACAACAAGCACUGAAAGGUACUGGUGUACCAUGUCACUACUGGUGUGUUUACAAUGAGAAUAACUACACAUCUGAUGAUUUGCAGGAAAUUUCUCACAACUUAUGUUACAUAUUCGGUAGAUCUACUACCAGUAUCAAAUGUCCAGCACCAAUUUACUAUGCUGAUUUAUUAUGUACUCGUGCUACUUGUUACUUCAAGGCAAACUUUGAAGUUGUUAAAAAUUCAGUACCAAAGAAUAAGAACCCAGAUGCUGAUGCUCCAGCUAUUCCAAAACUAAAAUUGUUACCUAAUAUGCACAAGCGUGUCAAUGAUAUUAUGUACUAUAUUUGA